UAAGGGAAGCAACUCUUCUGCCUGUUCAUUGCCCCGAAGGCAUUUUCCAUUUCAUGGGCCCUCCCGCUCCCUAUUCCUCACCCUCUGCCCCUCAGUUUCAGCUCUGGCCCCUCAGGGAGCGUCCCUGGCCUCAGGGCUGACAGCAUUUGGGGGCACGGGGUCUUGUUCUCUGCUCUCUAGCCCAUCUGUGCGCAGAGCCUCGUUCCCGGGCUCCCGGAGCCCGGCGGGCAUUGACGUCAAACGGCAGCGGAGCGCUGCCUACAGACGGCUGACCCGGGCCCUCCUCCACACCCCCGUCCUUCCUCGCCCCCUCCCUCUUCCCUGCACCCGGUUCAGGCGGCUAUAAGAAGCGGGAGAGCGCGGUGCCCGAGCAGCAUCCAGGUCCAGCACCAUGGAGAGCUCCCGCCUGCGGCUGCUGCCCCUCCUGGGCGCCGCCCUGCUGUUACUGCUACCUUUGCUGGGUGCCGGUGCCCAGGAGGAUGCCGAGCUGCAGCCCCGAGCCCUGGACAUCUACUCUGCGGUGGAGGAUGCGUCCCAUGAGAAAGAGCUGCCAAGGCGGCAACUUCGGGCUCCCGGCGCUGUGUUGCAGAUUGAAGCGCUGCAGGAAGUCCUGAAGAAGCUCAAGAGUAAACGCAUUCCGAUCUACGAGAAGAAGUACGGCCAAGUCCCCAUGUGUGAUGCCGGAGAGCAGUGCGCAGUGCGGAAAGGCGCCCGGAUCGGGAAGCUGUGUGACUGUCCCCGAGGAACUUCCUGCAAUUCCUUCCUCUUAAAGUGCUUGUGAAGGGCCGACAGCCUCCACCUUAAGUUCCCAUAUUCCCUCUUCUCCCCAGAGGAGCACUCCUUUAUCCCUGGAGCCUGGCUUUAGCAACAAUAAAGUUUGCAUUCCCCUCCGAGGGUGAAUGGGCUCUUUCCCUGCUGUUUCAAAAUAAAAGAACACGUUUGACGUUACUGUGUGAAGGUGAAUGCCUUGCAUGGUGUUGGUGUGUGUGCGCAAAGUAUUCUUUUCUCCUUGUAUUCAUCUGACACAUUCUUGUGAACCUUUCUGGGAAGAAGAGGAACUUUGCUUUAAAGCUGUAUUUUUGUAUGUGGCGUGUCAGAAUGAAAAUUAGAUCUAGUUAAUUUUGGUAGAUGACAUCACAACCUGGAAAAUAAAUUACCCUAAGCAACGCAAAUUGACGCAUGUACAAAUUAUACAUAAUAAAGCCUUUUUAAUAAUUGC